AUCCGUCGUGCUGCGUUCAGGAGCCCAUUUCCGUAUGAGCAGUGGAUCGGUUCUGCUGCCACUUUCCUCUCUGUUGUGAGGAGGUUUUCUUGUUGUGUUUGCUGCAGGUUAACGGUGUGUGAUGGACCGCUGGAGGGGCAGAGUGGCUCUAGUGACCGGAGCCUCGGUCGGGAUCGGGGCGACCAUCGCUAAAGAGCUGGUCCGGUACGGUAUGAAGGUGGUGGGCUGUGCCAGGGACGUCGAGAAAAUACAGAAACUGGCAGCCGAGUGUCAGAGUGCAGGUCACAGUGGUGUUUUGGUGCCUUUCAAGUGUGACUUGACCAACGAGGAGGAGAUUCUGUCCAUGUUCUCCGCCAUCAAAGCGCAGCACAAAGGUGUGGAUGUGUGCAUCAACAACGCUGGCUUGGCUCAUCCAGAGUCACUGUUAAAUGGCAAAACCAGCGGCUGGAAGAACAUGCUGGAUGUGAACGUUCUUGCAUUGUCUAUCUGCACACGUGAAGCGUAUCAGUCAAUGAAAGAAAGAAAUGUUGACGAUGGGCAUAUCAUAAACAUAAACAGCAUGAGCGGGCAUCGUAUCGUUCACAGCGCUGACGUACAUUUCUACAGCUCCACCAAGUACGCUGUGACAGCCCUGACGGAGGGCCUGAGACAGGAGCUGCGUGAGGCAAACACUCACAUCAGAGCCACAUGUAUUUCUCCCGGUGUGGUGGAGACAGAAUUUGGUCCACGGCUCUACAAGGACAAUCCUGAUAAAGCUGCUGCUUCAUAUACCAAAUUUAAGCCUUUGGAAGCCAUCGAUGUUGCAAAUUCUGUGACAUACGUCCUGAGUGCCCCUCCCCAUGUGCAGAUUGGAGAUGUGCAGAUGCGACCUGUGGAGCAGUUGUCAUAGUAUUGCACCACAUGACAGAAGACCUAAGUGUACUGACACGUUCUUCAUCGGAUUGGGACAAUAAUGUGAAAUGAAUUACUUUAUCUGAUCAUGGAGUAACUUUUGAAGGUUGCAGCAACAGAAUAAAAUGUCUGAUUUGAAGGUGAAA